AUGUUGUGUGGUGAAAUAAUUAGAUCCCCAAAUCGAAGUCCAUACGCUACGUUGUUGUCGUCACUAUAUCCGAUGAUGACUGCUGCAGUUGUUGAAGACGACAAUUUGCUUGAAAACGGUCGUCUGAGUUACGAAAAUCCAAACUAUCAUCUUGCUGGAACUGGACACUUAGCCCUGGAUGAUGCAUUGAACUCAAACCUAACAUCAGCUACUGACUCUCCAGCUGGGUUCAAUUUGAAUGAUGACUGUAUAUUAUACUCAGAGCUUUUAUGUCGGGAAUUUGACACAGUCUGUAACAUUAAUACAGACAACAUCAACAGAAAACGCUACAAAUCUUUAGACUUGGGAUCAAUGGGCGUGGACGUGUUGGGACAAACCGGAAAAAAUUGGAAUACCAAUUUAAAUCGUAACGUGACAAGAGACAUGAAUAUUACAAAUCAACAUGAUUUAACAAACGUUAGCAACCAAAACCACCAAAUGCAAGUGUCAUACGUAAAACCAGAUUUAAUCGAAGAAUCGGAGCAAACAAAAUGUAAAGGCGGGAAUAUAAACGAAAAACGCACUCCACCCAAUACUCUAUCUUUGAACAAACAAAAGGAUACAUCUAAUAUUAAUAUGGAUAUACAACACAUACAAGGCGAUUUGAAUAAUGAUUUGUAUGCAAUUCCAAUGAAAAAUAAUUCACAUGAAUGCACCGAUGAAUUGCCAGCUGGAUGGGAAAAACACGAAGAUAACGAUGGUCCUUAUUAUUGGCACAUUAAAAGUGGGACGAUUCAAAGGGAACCUCCUGAGUACAGUGGUAAAAAUGAACCAAAAACACCAUUGGUCAAAGAUGCAGAAUCGGUAUUAAAUAGUUUUCAAAAUAACACUGAAGGUUUAAUAAGUUCAGUGACUAGAAGUACAACGAGCUCAGCUCUUGAAAAUCUUUGUUACCAAAAGAAUAGAAAAGAAGACAUGGCUUAUAAACGAAGAAGUUAUCCAGCUCGAAUCGAAAACGAAAACAAAGGUAUACGAUUUGCUGUGCGUUCUUUGGGAUGGGUAGAAAUUUGUGAAGACGAUUUAACCCCAGAAAGAAGUAGCAAAGCUGUGAAUAAGUGUAUUGUUGAUCUAUCACUUGGACGUAACGACUUUAUUGAUAAUGUGGGGCGAUGGGGAGACGGAAAAGACCUUUUUAUGGAUUUGGAUGAAGGAGCGUUGAAAUUAAUAGAUCCAGAGAAUCUCACUGUGUUGAAUACGCAACCCAUACACACAAUUAGAGUAUGGGGAGUUGGACGAGACAAUGGCAGAGAUUUUGCGUAUGUAGCUCGUGACAGAAUAACUCGGCGACACAUGUGCCAUGUGUUCAGAUGUGACAUGCCUGCUCGUACGAUUGCUAACACUCUUAGGGACAUUUGUAAAAAAAUCAUGAUCGAGCGCAGUCUCCAGCAGAACAUUUCUAGAUCUACAGACAUAAAUACUGCAACAAAAAUGAAUCAGCCGGUUAGACCGACGAACCUUCCAUUGGAAUAUCGUAAACGUAGAAGUUACCGAGGCAGUUACUCUGCAACCACCAACUUGACUCAAUCAUUCCCUACACCGAUGGAAGAACCACGUAAAGUCAUUCGAGCCACUUACUUGGGUUCAAUUGAAGUGAGCAAGGCAUCCGGAAUGGAUGUACUAAAUGACGCGAUUGUCGCUUUGGAAAAUUCUCCUACAUCAGUACCCCAAACGGUUACAGUUGCUGUAGCACCUUCAAUGAUUACCAUACAACAAGAUACUGAUGAAGGAGAUCAAAUGGUUGAAUGUCGAGUGAGGUACUUAUCAUUUUUGGGAAUAGGUCAAAAUAUAAAACAAUGCGCUUUUAUAAUGCAUACUACCCAAGAUCUGUUCAUUGCACAUGUGUUCGAGUGUGAUCCAUCCGCUGGAACACUUUGUAAAACUAUCGAAGCUGCAUGCAAAUUACGAUACCAAAAAUGUUUAGAUGCACAUCCUCAAGGUUUGAAUCCAAGUGCAUCUUUAAGUCACAAUAUUAAUAGUCCAAAUGUAAAUGGCAUAUCAAGGAAAGGUAUCAGUUCUACAUUAAAGUCAUUGGUGGGCACCAUCACGGGUCGUAAAAUGAAAUUAACCCAAUCCUGA